AUGGCCAGAAUACCACCCAAGGAUCCACUGAUUGUGGUUCUUGGAGCAACUGGUAGCGGGAAAUCACAGCUGGCAGUCGAUUUAGCGACUCGAUUUAAUGGCGAAAUUAUCAAUGGCGAUGCAAUGCAAAUGUACGACGGGCUUCCGAUUGUCACCAACAAGAUUACUGUAGAAGAACAAAAGAGCAUUCCCCACCACUUGUUGGGAUCAGUUGCGCUUGAUGAAGAGCCAUGGCGGGUUGGUAUGUUUAAACAGAAAGCCAGUGGAAUUAUCAAGGAGAUCCGAUCCAGAGGCCGGUUGCCGAUUGUCGUGGGAGGAACACACUACUACACCCAGUCGCUCCUCUUUGAGGAUUCCUUGGUCAAUGAUGGGUUAGAUGGGGUUGACCAAACGCAGGCUGAGUUAGGUGAGCGGGAGUCUCCUGAGACAUUCCCAAUUCUUGAAGGGCCGACUGAAGAAAUACUUAACCGUCUAAGGGAGGUGGAUCCCGUCAUGGCUACCAGAUGGCACCCGAACGAGCGACGAAAGAUUCGGAGGUCACUCGAAAUAUUUCUUACAACUGGCAGAAAAGCUUCUGAUAUCUACGCGGAACAGAAACAACGCAGAGUAGCGGCCAAGGUCCCGGGCUCAGAAGACGGGGAAUCGGCACAGUCCAGCCUUGCGAAUGGUUCAAUAUUACUAUUUUGGGUCCACGCCGAUUCCGAAAUCCUAACGGAUCGUCUAAACACCCGGGUCGAUAAGAUGGUACAGUCUGGUCUGUUGGAAGAAGUAAAAUCCAUGGACGGCUUCCUAACCAAGCAAUUGGACUCGGGGCGGCCUGUCGACCUCACCAGAGGUAUCUGGGUUUCCAUUGGCUGGAAAGAGUUUCGACAAUAUCUUUCAGCGUUGAAGGAUGGGUCGUCCUCCCCAGAUGAGCUAGAAAAGCUCUAUGAGCUCUCCACAGAGCAGACGAAAACUGCAACCCGACAAUAUGCAAAGCAGCAAGUCCGCUGGAUACGUUUGAGGUUGAGGUCCGCGCUCUUGGAGGAGAAUGCCCUCGACAAACUAUAUCUCCUUGAUAGCAGUAAUAUCGCGCAGUGGGAUGCGGAUGUGGCUCAUCCUGCCCUUGAUAUCACAGCUAGUUUCUUGGACGGUCGUGCACUCCCUGCUCCACAUGAAGUGUCAACCAUGGCUGCGCAGCUCCUAGAUCCAAAUGGCCCUUCCAAGGAGGUGCAAGAUACAGACUUUCGUCGAGAGUGUGAGCUGUGCCAUGUCACGGUAGUCAUUGAGGAUCAGUGGCGCCAACAUCUCACAAGCCGCCGCCAUCGAGCCCUUGAGAAGAAGCGCCUGAAGCGCGCCUUGAAUCCUGGGCCUUCUCAAAAGCUGGAUAUCUCACCAGCUAUAGAUAUCACUUAA